GUGUUAAUGUGUAGGCUACUUAGACUUAGUGGUGAGUUGACUUGACAUCAAUACCUGGCUUUGAUCUCAGUAGUGUAUAGAUGCCUUUAUUAAUCUAUCAGAUCAGGGAGGUUCACUGACACUGCCUGACUGGCCCCAUAUACCAGGAAGUACAAAGGGGAACCUAUAAUUUGCUGAGAACAGACUAUUCUGCUCACACGCCUACAUAUGUGCUCACAUCAAUUUGUGUGUAAUUGGAAGGAAAAAACUUCUAACACCUCAGGUAUUUGUACAGUGAACAAACAUCUGAACAAACUUCAACAUAUGCAAACACAAGGACCAUGUGUUUCUUUCAGCUUUCAUCUGUCCCAAUAUGUCACACUUGUCUGGUAGAAAAUGUCCUCUGUCACUUUAAGAUGAUGUCAUGGGUCAUAGGGUAAAUGAAGGAAACAGGAAGUGAGUUUUUAAAAGUGCUCAAGAACUGGCUCUCCAUUACUCUCUCUUCAAACAAAGAAAAACUUUGAGAGAGAAAGAAAACUGGGCAGAAAGUUAACAGCCAAAGCAUCUGGUGUGCUAUUUGUCAUCCCCGGUGCAGCACAUUCUUGGGAUAUUUACAGUCACAGGAUAUUUCAACUUACAGCAGUGGUGUCAGGAGGCAGACAUCUGUUUGUUCUGAACUUUACGUUAAAAUACUCUUGUAAAAUGGCAUGUGAAGGAACUGCAAACGAUGAGCAAAUUACAGAAGCCAUCAUGAUGAGGGUUGUAAAGGAUGAGCUGAAGGAAGUGAAGGCAGAGAUAGUGCCCCCUCUUCCUGAGCAAAAGCCUCUGGAUGCCAAAGAUGAGAUCCUGACAUCCCAGCUGGCUCAAACAAUCAAAAUCAUUGGGGAUGAUCUUGUGAAGCAUAAAACCCUGAAUGACACGAUAGAUGGGUUUGCCAAAAAAAUCCUUGGAAACCCGAAAGACAAAGGAAUUUAUCAAAAGCUGGUUAUGCAGGUGUUUGCUGAUGGAAACAUCAACUGGGGAAGGAUUGUUGUUUUAUUCUACACUAUAGCAAAGCUGUCUGGAAAGAUGUUGUUGGCUCAUUUGCCUGGACCGGUCACAGAAAUGAUCUCCUGGACUCUCAAUUACUUCAAGGAGCACUUACUAAGCUGGGUCCUCAAGAUGGGAGGAUGGAUAUGUAGCAUUGCUUCAAUUGCAUGCUUCCGGAUCGAGAGUCUACCAUCCCUGUACCCACCAGAGCACUCCGCUUUACCUGUUUUGGGCAUUACCUUGUUUUGUGGAAUUGUUUUGGGUGGCUGCGUUGUACUCUGGCUAGGCAAAGGAAAGCACUGAGAGAUAAGAAAAGUGAGGAGAGGAUGACUCAAACUUGUAACGAACAGAGAUACUUUGAAGAUUCUGAAAUGAGUGACUUUUUAAUAAGCUUUACCAAGUGAGAGAGUAUUUUUGCUGUAUCAUAUGCAGCAUAGUCAUAGCAUUGUAUUUUUAAUCCAUGCAAAGUUUCCAAAUCUCAUCCAUAUUUUUUGAGAGGAAUUUCAAGAGCUGAAAUGAAAACUUGUACCAGCAAUCCUACAAUAAUUAGCUAAUGUUUCCUAGAAUAGUUACAGGGUCCAAAUCACCAAGUGCCAUACAGAACUGCCAAAUGCAGAAUGUCGACAGUUUUUAUCAGGUAACUUGUAAUCUACCUCUUGCCCCAAGCUAGUCAUUUUUAUCAUGCUUUAAUUUUUUCCAUAUAUAUAAUUGCAAACAGUUUACAUUAUAAAUGGAUUUAAGGGGGUGGUUCAGGAUUUUGGACAUAGGAUAGUCUGGCGUUAUAAUUUAUUUGCCUCGGGUGUACUGUGAAGUGGGUAAGACUGUUUUUAGUGGCAGGCUAACACAUACCGGUACUAAUGACUUGUGCUAGCCUAGCACCUGCGAACUCUGCAACUAGAAGGACUGAAUGAAACAUGUUGGAAACGGUCUUCACUGAUAAAUAUCACACUUGCUAACUUGGAAAUGAGGUCCUAUGUCCAAAAAUCCUGAACCACUCCUUUAAUGAAAGAGCAGUGGGUCCUUUUUUAUUCUUGUUUUGUUUUUGUGCAAUAUUCCUAAUAGAGAACCCAUUAUUAUUUCUCUGAAGGACCAUUAUGAAUUGAAUGUGGGUUAAUUUAAUGAAAUAUUUUACAUAUUUAAGCCAUCAUUGAAUAAAUUAAAUGUCAAAGUGAAACAACAGACACACACAAUGUUGCAUAUUUGAUCUGUUUUUAUAUGACAAAUAGAAUUCUUAUCCCAAUG